UGAUUUAAAGCAGAGGGCAUAUGUAAACACGAAAACAGUUUCCCAAUAGCAGUCGACAGACAAGGCAGCAAAGAGAAAUGUUGAUACAAUCGAUAUUUAUUAACACUUUGGCCAUUCUGAUGGUCUUCUGGUUGGGACACGUCACUUGCCAAUCAUCAGCCGAUGAUCAGGAGCUUGAAAUCGGAAUAAAAGGGGAAGGACCACCGGAAAAGGAAGAAUUUCCUUGGACGUAUGAUGCCCAGGAAAACUGAAAGUUUGGGGAUCUUUCAUACGUCUUAUAUUCAAUAAUUCUUUUUAUAUAUAUAAAUAAUUCAAAGAUUAUACUAUAAUUACCACUUGCUGCUUAUCAGUAAUGGUACAAAAGUCAUAAUUGUAACAUACUUUUGGGAUGAUGUAAAACUGAGCUUGGGGCAAAUUGGCAAAUAAUAGAAAAAAAACAAAAAUUAAAAGUAUUAAAUUUAACUUUCAUAAUCAUUUUAUGACUGAUAGUGUUCAUUUUUGCAAGUACAGCUUUUGUUUAAAAAUAUGUAAGUCACUGAAAAAACUAUACGUACAAUGACCACGAAAAUACAUUUAUGUAGCAUGAUUUCAGGCUGAUGACAAUAGAGAAUCUGAAAUACAAGUCCA